GCCUUCUCGUGCCACGUGACCUGUGUGUCCUUGGUUUGCUAACUUUGACAUGUGAGCAACACAAACAUGUCUUUCCCCAAAAAACCCGGCGGCAAAGCACUAGAUGUUUUGCAGGACCUGCCGCGGAUUUCUUUAGCAAACCUGCGGCCUGAACCAGGAGCCAGACAGGACGGCAAACGGCGGGGCAGAGGACAGCACCAUGGCAACAGAAGCGGCCGAGGGCAUAAAGGAGAGCGACAGAGAGGAACCCGGCCUCGGCUGGGCUUCGAGGGGGGUAACACUCCCUUCUAUCUGGCUAUUCCAAAAUAUGGAUUCAAUGAAGGACACAGUCGCCGUCCACAGUACCAGCCUCUGUCACUGAAACGACUGCAGUACCUGAUUGAUCUGGGACGAGUCGACCCCACCCAGCCCAUAGACCUGACCCAGCUCGUCAACGCCAGAGGACUGACUAUCCAGCCUCUGAAGAGGGACUAUGGAGUCCAGCUUGUUGAUGAGGGCGCUGACAUUUUUGCAGCAAAAAUCAACAUUGAGGUUCAGAGAGCGUCUGAAGGAGCCAUAGCUGCUAUUGAAAGGAACGGAGGCGUCAUCACAACCAGUUUCUACGAUCCUAUUACUCUUGCGAUUCUCAUUAAGCCCGUCCCGUUCUUCAUGCGUGGGCAGCCGAUCCCAAAGCGAAUGUUGCCCGGGGAGGAUAUGGUACCGUACUACACUAGUGCCGAAAACCGAGGUUACUUGGCAGACCCGGAAAAAAUCCAGCAGGCCCGGCUAGCCCUGGCACAGAAGUACGGCUACGUUUUGCCAGAUAUUUCAAAGGAUGAACUUUAUCACAUGCUGGCCAUGAGGAAGGAUGUUCGACAGAUCUUCUUUGGCCUUGCUCCAGGCUGGGUUGUUAACAUGCUGGAGAAGAAGAUCCUGAAACCAACCGAUGAGAAGCUGCUGAAAUAUUACAGUUCAUAGGUGUUGGGAGGGAAAUAGCGUCGAUGUACAGUUUCUCUCAGCAAAAAUCAGCAAAGGACUGAGUUUUGCUUGUUGAAAAUCUUAUCAUUUUGUAUGAAAAACAGCAUUCAAUGUGUCUUCAUUAAACUUUAUCUUGAAAACUA